AUGUCCGAGAAGUCAGGGCAGAGCACCAAGGCAAAGGAUGGCAAAACAAAGUAUGCAACCCUUAGCCUCUUCAAUACCUAUAAGGGCAAAUCUCUGGAAACCCAGAAAACUGCAGUGGCUGCCAGACAUGGGCUCCAAAGUUUGGGCAAAGUUGCUGUCAGCCGCCGCAUGCCCCCUCCGGCCAACCUGCCCAGCUUGAAGGCGGAGAAUAAGGGAAACGACCCCAACGUCAACAUUGUUCCCAAGGACGGCAGUGGCUGGGCAUCACGUAGUGAGGCAGGGGACGAGAGGCAACAGGAGACUCCUCCACCCCAGAACAAACCACCAGUGAUCCAGUCACAAGAGCUUUCCAUUGGGGGCAGUCGCUCUUGGGCUAACAGCAAGCAGACACAGCUAGACGGAGCUCCUCGUGUAAGCAGCCAUUUUCACCAGGAGUUUCCCAGCUUGCAGGCAGCUGGUGAAGUGGAGAAAGGAGACAGUCCAGAGGAGGAGCCUUAUGGACCAGGCCCCAGUCUCAGACCUCAAAAUGUUGGCAGUUGGCGUGAGGGUGGAGGCAGGAAUUUGAACACUGCACCCAGCCCCCCAGAGAUGGACAACAGGGCUGCGGAAGAGGGUAGUGCAGGCCUUGUUUCGUCUUCACCACCUGGGGAAGCUGAUGAAACUGCCCGAAAUGUGACUGCAGACGGUCAAAGGGAGAAAAGGGAUAGCAGAGAUAGGUUGCCCCCCUCUGGUCCUCCUCAGCCUAAACUCAAUGGGGGGCAGCAACCUCCUGCUGGGGUGCCAACUCACUUUGACCCUGCUUUUAGGAGCAUGAUGCCACCCUAUAUGUUCCACGCAUAUCCUCAAAUGACUUUUGGCCCUGGACAAGGAAACUUCAGAUAUCCCGUACCACAAGAUGGAGCAAAGGGCCCUCGAACAGCACGAUCUCAGCAGCCACCACCUCAGUCUUGGCUCCAGGACCCAGACAGACCUUCUAUCAUCAGUGCCACAGAACUGAAGGAGCUGGACAACUUAGACACUGAUGCUGAUGAGGGUUGGGCAGGAGCUCAGAUGGAGGUGGACUACACAGAGAAACUAAACUUCAGCGAUGACGAAGAGAACCAAGCUGCUAAAGACAAAGGAGAAAACUGGGAAUGGAUGGGUAAAGUGGACCGUAUAAGGUCUCGACCAACAGACAGUCAAGAGGGAUGGAAGGAGGGAUCUGACAGCCGUGGUGGCAGUAAAAGCUUGUGUGCUGACAAUGUUGAUCCCAGAGCACCAUCACCUGGGAGCAUGGGGCAGUACACUAAAUCAGCUGCUGCACAGGACUACCAGGGUGGUGGCCGGUCAGUAGGUGGAGCUUCACGUGGUGGCAAACCAUUGGCUACAGCAGCACCAGGUGCUGAUGAGGACUCUGAGGCCUGGCGUCAAAAGCGCAAGAAGCCCUCUGAAGUUUCUGAAGCUGUAGAACGAGCACGACGGAGGAGAGAGGAAGAGGAACGGCGGAUGGAAGAACAGCGACUUGCUGCUUGUGCUGAAAAACUUAAGCGUCUUAAUGAAAAACAUCGCCAGGCAGCUGAAGCAAAACCCCCCUCCACUCCGACCACCAAUGAUGAAGCUGGAGCUUCCUGUGAGGAAAAUUCCUCAUCAGCUCCUGUGUCCAGUCCCGCGCCUUCAAUCCCACCUUCACAAUCACAAGCCCCAGUCAUGCAGCCUGCUCUUCCCGAGAGAGCGGACCGAGAAAGGGAUAGGAUCGAGCAAGAACGAGAUGGGACUGAACAGAAUAUAGAUGAAGUUCACCUGGUUCGUCCAACCAGCUCCCCAGUCCAAAGAUCUGCAGCCAUUGAACCUCAGAAUGAGGGAGAGAGCACCUUGACUGAGGUGGGCCCAGUAGUGGAAGACAAGCAAGCUGACAGGACAGCAGUGCCUAUCCGAGACUAUUUUAACAUGGAGGACAACAGAGUGGAUGAGCCCCACCUGUCCCUGCCUCACAUGGACACACCCAGUAGCGACGAAGUACCUGUGGCUUCACCACAACUGGAGGGAGAAGCAGCAGCUGCUCUGCGUCCAUCUUUAACCUCAGGCUAUUCCAAGCAGUUCCAGAAGUCUUUGCCCCCUCGUUUCCUCAGACAGCAGGAGCAGAUGAAGCAGCAGCAAUGGCAACAACAGCAGCAGCAGAGUGGUGGCUCAGUGUCCCCAUCGGGUGGUGGUGGAGUUCCAGGUACCCAGCAGCAGCAGCAACAACAACAGCAGCAGCACCGCUCCAUGUAUCAACCAAUAGGCCCUCAUCACCAGCACCUGGCCUCUAUGGGCUUUGACCCCCGGUGGCUGAUGAUGCAGUCCUACAUGGACCCUCGCAUGAUAUCAGGACGUCCUCCCAUGGAUAUGCCAGCUAACAUUCACCCUGGGAGAAUGCCUCCUAAACAGAUAGUGCGCAGAGAACCUGGUGACAACUCCAGUUCUAGCUCUGACUCCUUUGACCACUUGACCCGACCAAUUCGUGACCAUGGCUUGCCCUCAGACUCACGGAUUGUGUGGGGUUCAGACGCUUAUCCACAAUCGGAGCCCUUGCCAUCGGUAACUCCUCCAAAAGGACGGGAUGAGAACAAGGAGCCACGGAUUGAUGCUGGAUUGGAUCUGGACAGGGGUCUGCCAGCUAUGUACCCCCAAGACCAUGGUUCAUUGGACUCGCGCAAAAAUAAUUUCUUCCGGGACCCCACUGAGUCCUUGUCUGCAUUUACUCCAGGGCCAGAGGAUGGACCUGGACCUUUAGACAGGGUCCCUGUAGGCUCUGGCUUUGAUCAUGAAGAGCCAGGUCUACCAACUGGAGAAGAAGUAGAAGCUUUAGGUCAAGCUAUGCUCCAAAGGAGUGUCUCGCAGGGCUCCAGUCAUUCUCUUAAGCUGGAUGAGCCUAGGUUUGAUGGGCUACCCCUUGGAACAAAAUCAUUAGAGCUUCAGGAGUCAGGGGAAAGGGCUGAUGAAAAGCCCCAGAAUGAUCUCUACCCCCAACCUGCAGUGACAAGCAAUAGAGCCACACCUCCUGCUGAUGGACUGCACAAACAAGAGAAGCUGCCUCUUCCAGCCCCUAGCAAGCAGAAAGCUGAGCUACGCUGGGGUGGAAGAUCUGGUCCUGGGCGCAGAGAAGGACCAGGGGGUGAAAGACCUCUCCGCAGGUCUGGGCCAAUAAAGAAACCAGUGCUUAGGGACAUGAAAGAAGAGAGAGAGCAGAGAGAAGAGAGGGAGAAGCGCCAUGAAAGAGGGGAGAGAGGAGAUAGAUCUAAAAAGGAUCAGUCAUCCAAAGCUCCUUCUGUAGCUGCUGCUGUGUCUGAGGGGUCUAGACCCCAGGGGGAAGGGAAGAGAGAACCUGCAGACAUUGAGGAAACUACCACUGGCCUCCAGAGAAGCAGAGACUCUCAGCCUUCAUCAGGAGUGCCAACUUCUUCUUCUCAGGAGGAGAAAGCAGAUAAACCACCCAGUCACGACAAACAUCCAGAACCAAAACUACCCUCCAGGAAAGAGUCCAAUCUUCCUCCACGUUCAUACCGACGAGAGGAGAGAGAGAGGGAAAGAGAGAGGGAGAAGGAAAUGGAGAAAGACAGAGAAAGAGAAUGGCCAGCUGAUUCAAGCUUUAAAGGACGCGGUAGAGGCGAAUAUUACUCUAGAGGCCGGAGCUACAGAGGGACUUACAGUGGCAGAGGCAGAGGGAGCCGUGGUCGAAGCCGGGCAGAGUAUCCUUACCGAGAGCCACGGUCACGUUCUGAUCUACCUUCUGCUGGUGGUGCUGCUGCCUUUCGAAAUAGGGAGGAAAGUGAGACACGUAGCGAGAGCUCAGACUUUGAGGUCAUACCAAAACGCAGACGCCGCAGGGGUUCAGACACUGACUCUGAAAGUGAAGGUGGACGGGAGUCUGCCAGUGACACUGGACCAUCUGAUCGUGAACCUAGCACCAAACCUAGCCGUCCGCUGAGGAGAGAACUGCCUGGGGAGGCCCGGUCUGGCUCUCAUAAGCCAGGCUUUGGACCUCCUUACAUUGGAGACAAAACAGGAUCCAGAGGAGACGAUGAAAGCAGGCCCAAGCCAGGAUUCCUCCCUAAAGGAGAGCCCUCUCGACGAGGAAGGGGGGGAUUAUAUAGUAGAAGAGGUGGAACGAGAGAACGUGGAGGCCCUCGCUCAGCACCACUACGACGACCAGCUGCUAGAGAGUCAUCGUCUCAGUGGCCCUCAAAACCCAUGGAGACAUUUAGACCUGAAGAUGCAGAGUCCACACCAAGAUAUGACAAUCCUCCAUCUGACCGACGACCCCCUAAGUCUGACAGCAAGAAAUUUGGUGAUGGAGUCCCUCAGAGUAGUAGAGAAAGACCUCGUCGAUCCAGACCUGCACGUCCCCCCAGGCAAGACAAGCCCCCACGCUUCCGACGGCUGAAAGAGCGAGAGGCUGCUGUGUUGGCUAGUGGAGAAACGGCUCCCAGUCCUCCAGUACCUUUACCCCCAGUGCCUGCUGCUGCUGCUGCUGCUGCUGCAGCUGCUGUCCCAAGUAGUGCCCCUGCCUCAACCUCCCUCUCCCCAACGCUUUCAAGAGCUCCAGGAACUCCUGUAACUGUGCCUGCAGAAGUAGCUGCAACAAUGCCUACACCUGACCUACCCUCUCCCAUAGAAGCAUCUUUGCCCGACACUUGCAGCCCAGCUGUCACUGCAGUUGGCACAAAGUCCCCUGACUUGUCCAACCAGAAUUCAUCAGAUCAAGCCAAUGAAGAAUGGGAGACUGCUUCUGAGAGUAGUGACUUCAAUGAAAGAAGAGAGCGAGAAGAACGAAAAGGAGCACUAGAGACUAAUAAUGAAGCAGCCACUGCUUCUGCCCCUGCACCCCCUCCCCCACAGGGGUCUUUGACCCCAAGUAAAAGUCCCCCUGAUGGAGGUGUGACCCCAAAACGUGAGGGUGUGCCUCCAGCCAAAAGGAGCUUCUCGAGUCAAAGGCCUACAGAAAGACAGAAUCGUAGAGGGAACAGCGGAGCCAAACCAGGUCGCAGCUACACAGGAGGAAAGGGGGACAGGAGGGGAGGGGCAAAAGCAGGUCGCAAAGGCCCUGCUGCACAGCAGAACUCUGACGCAUCAGCACCAGCAGCUGGAGGAUCAGCCCAGAGGCCUGCAAAAGAACAGACUUCCCGCCGUAAAGAUGACUCCAAACAGGCUGCGAAGAAGCCUAAGGAGAAUGCACUGUCCCAGUUUGAUCUAAACAAUUAUGCCAGUGUUGUCAUUAUUGAUGACCACCCCGAGGUCACCACCACAGAUGACCCUCAGUCCAGCACCAAUGACGAUGGCUUUACAGAAGUUGUCUCGCGCAAGCAACAGAAACGCUUACAAGAUGAAGAGAAACGGAAAAAGGAAGAGUUGACCACUCAGAACUGGGGUAAAAAAGGCUCUGGUGAAAAGAGCAGAGGCGGCGGAGGGAAACUGCCACCGAGAUUUGCUAAAAAACAAUCAUCGCAACAGCAGCAGCAACAACAACAGGCGUCACAACCUCCUCAGCCUCCUGUAGCCUCUACCACACAAUCCCAAACACAGCCUCCAAUUUCGGCCCCUCCGCAUCCUCACCUUGCCCCAUCCCAACCUGCUGCAUCCCCUCAGACUUUGGAAGGAGCGGUGGCCCCUUUGCCCCCCAUACCCCCUGCCACUGUGGACUUUACCUCAAAGACCCUACCACCCGCACCUGCACAGACACACAGCACCCUGGGUACAGAACUGUGGGAGAACAAGGUAGCAGGCUCUACUGUCCUUCCUGAUGUCAAGAAGCUUGGUCCAAUCAGCCCUCCCCAGCCACCGUCUGUGAGUGCCUGGAACAAACCUCUUACCUCUUUCACUGGCACAGUCUCCUCUGAGGGUGUGAAACCUGGUACAGAGGGCAAUGUAGAAUUAGCAAUCGACAGUAUUCAGUUUGGAGCGCCAUCAUCUGCUGGCAGCACUGACAGUGAUGGAGUCCCACCAUUGUUAGAAACUGGCUCUGACAACAAACUACCUGCUCCCAAAGAACAAAGACAGAAACAACCUCGUGCUGGUCCAAUCAAGACACAGAAGCUUCCUGAAAUGGAACCUGUGGAAACCAAGGAGUAUAAGCCAGGUCCUAUUGGUAAAGAGCGCUCACUAAAGAACCGCAAGGCCAAAGAUGCACGUGGAGGAGAAGGUGAGGGGAUGGAGGCAGGAGUCCCAGGAGGAGGUGUGAGCAGAGCCACAGACUCCAGUCCUCCCACCAGUGACACCACAGUACCAGAGCUGGGAGGAGACAUUGAGGGCAUGAUCACAGUCCCAUCAGCAGACUACACCAGUAACUCCAAGGAGUCUGUAACUGACUACACAACUCCAUCUUCCUCUUUGGCGGAUAGUGUUCCAACGGGAGGGAACAAAAUCGAAGAGAGUUUAGUGGCAAAUGUUGCCCUUCCCCACUCUUUGCCUCUUCCUCGGCGAGAGACCCUGCAGCAGAGCUCCAGCCUCAGCACUGUGUCUCCUGCUACUGUUGAUCUUACACUGAAGAUGGAAUCGGCUCGUAAAGCGUGGGAGAACUCACCAAGUCUGGAGAAGAAUUCUCCUGUCACUUCCUCUUCCUCCCCUAUUACUUCUUGUGCGUCCUCUUAUUCCUCAUUUUCCUCGGCCUCCAUGCCACAGAUUCCUGUGGCUUCUGUUACCCCCAGCACCUCACUGUCAGGUUCUAGUACAUACACAACAUCGUCACUCAGCACUAAGACCACCACCGCUUCCGACCCUCCCAACAUCUGUAAGGUGAAGCCUCAGCAGCUGCAGGGUGGAAGCCUGUCAUCCUCCAGCAGUAGCAGCAGCAGCAGCAGCUUCUCUCAGCUGGGUUGUGUGCCUCCCCUUCUGCCCCAGCAGCAACAGACACCACAGGUGUACGUUUCUCAGUCUGCAGCAGGUUCUGCAGCUCAGAUUCCAGCCUUUUACAUGGACACUAGCCACCUAUUUAGCACCCCCCACCCUCGCUUGGCUCCUCCCUCCUUGGCACAGCAACAAGGCUUCCAGCCAGGCCUAUCGCAGCCAACAGCAGUGCAGCAGAUUCCUAUUCCUAUCUACGCUCCACUACAAGGUCAGCCCCAGCACCAACACACACACCAGGCACAGCUCGGACUGAACACAGGCCCCCCAGUGUCCCAGCCACAGGACCUCUUCAGCUCCUCACUGCAACCUUACAGGUCACAGCAAGCGUUCAUGCAGAGCAGUCUAUCACAGCCCUCCAUGAUGCUGUCAGGACCAUCGUUGCACAGUUACCCUGGCGUUCAGGCACCUGAGCUAGGCAAGCCUCAGUCCAAUCUGGCUUAUCAGCAGCCCUCUUCCACCCAGCACAUUCCAAUUCUGUUUGAGCCCCAGCUCAACCAGCCGUCUGGCAUGGGUGGCUCUCAGCUCAUUGACACACAUCUGUUGCAAGCUCGACAGGGGAUGAAUCAGCACUCAAACAUGUAUUCAGGGCAGGUACAACAGCAUGGUCAGAGUAGCUACUACAGCAACACCCAGUCUCCCAGUUCAGCAAUGCAACAGGUGACAGUUCCGUUGCCUGGUUCCCAGUUGUCCUUGCCCAACUUUGGCUCAGGGGGUGGUCAGCCCCUGUUGGCGUUGCCUCCCACACCUCCCCAGGCCCAGCCUCCCAAUAUUAACCGACAGCCUCCAGUCUCCCAGCAGUACCGAAGCAUCAUGGGCCCCAACCACAGCAUGAUGCAGCCUCCCACCAGCAAGAUGGACAUGGAUCUGAAAUUGUUUGGCAGUGGGAUGGAUGUGAAGCCUGGGACUCCUCCAGUCAGUGCCAGGAGUACCACACCCACCUCCAGUCCAUACCGGGCCAGCUCCACCUCCCCCAGUAGCCAGUCCAGUAAAAUGAACAGCAUGCUCUACCAGAAGCAGUUUCAGCCCAGCUCCACCGGCAUGAGAAUGACACAGCAUUUCCCUGGCCAGUUCAACCCACAGAUUCUGUCUCAGCCCAACAUCGUCUCUCCUCUGGUUCGACCUCCGCAUGCUAACUCAUUUGGUGGAGGUGUCCAGCGCUCUCCCAUGGGCCCUCCUAUGUCACCCAAUGUUGGUGGUGGUCUCAUGCCUCAUCCCCGACCUCAGCACCCACAGCACAGUCAGCACCCUCCCCGAGGACCUUCUGGGCCCUCCCUAGCACCAAGAGGCACCCAGGCAGCUCUGAAGGCUGAGCAGGACCUGAAGGCAAAGCAGCGGGCUGAGGUGCUCCAGUCCACUCAUAAGUUCUUCUCAGAGCAGCAGCAGCAGCAGCAACUCAAGGCCCCACAAGUCAGCAAAGCAUCUCGACUUGACCAGGGGGGAAAGCCCCCUCUUGAUACCCCGGCCCCAAACCACCAGACAGGGAGCGACCGCCCAGAUUCUGACAAAGCCCCAAUCUCCACAGCCAAGCCCAUACGGACUGGCCCCAUAAAACCACAGGCCAUCAAACCAGAAGAGGGCAAGUAAAGAGCCACACCCCCUCUUCAGAUGACAAUAUGAAUGGAUGGAAGAGAGGAAGAGAGAAUCUAGCCCCAUUCGCUCAGUCACCACCUCAUAUCAGCCCUGGGGGACAGUGUGGGGGAGGACGAGGGAUUGGAUAGAUACAGAUGGUGGUUCUUGAGAGUAGGCUUUGUCCUGCAUAUACAUAGUUCUCUUCCUCUUCUUUCUUCCCCUGUCUUGUCCCACUGCAGAAGGGGGCAUUUGAGUUGGAUUCUUCCAUCAUAUUUAGAUGCUGAUACAACAGCUGCACAAGUUGUUCCAUAGAGAUCUACUGGGACAGUAGAUGGGACGAGUUGGGGAGAAAAUUGAAAAGAGAUUUGCUGCUGAGUUUGCCAUUUUUAUAGCUCUUGAUUUCUGUUCCAUUAUUUUGUUUUUCCAAAAUAGGAUCACAAAUAUUAUAGGAGAAACUUGUUUUGUUAACAAAAGAAAGAAUUGAUUUUGUUUUUGUAGUCAGAACAAAGUUUUAAGGAGUUGUCAUUAGUGAAGCACACUUUAUGUUGCCCAGUUCUCCCAUUACAACUAAUUCAGAGGUUUGUGCUUGUGCACAUAUGAAUGCACCUGUUUACCACAUGCACAGUCUCACUCAACGGUUUCAUUCAUGGUUUUCGAAUGGAGACAUUAAAUCAGAAAUUCUGUUGUCUCUUUUUUUGUUUUAUGUUUGUUGUUUUAUCAUAAUGGAAAUGUGAAAUUGCAGCAUUUGAUUGAAUCUGAUUGAUUUAUUGAUUAGUCUGCCUGUGAGCCUAUGCUCCUGCCUUCUGCUCUUAUCUCCUUGCCUGAGAAUUACUGAUGUGUUGGUAGUGUGUGUUUGUGGUAUGAACAGGGGAAAGCGUGUCGCUGGACUCUCCUGUAAAUUUAGCCAAAGGUUAAAGCAGUGCAGAGAUGAUGUCACGGCCUUUAGGAUUGCUGUUGCUUUAGCAGCAGAGUUUUGAGCAGACUCAAAAGGAUGGAAAUCAUCACUACUUACAGCGGUUCAGUUUCGGGGCUACUGCCCCACACCCCUUCACUGCUUUCACACUCAUUUUGCUGUCUGUCUCACACACACACACAAACACACACUUAACUGUAAAGCACCCAGACCUGCUGCUAUUGACUGAUUUCAGUGCCCUUAGCUAGAGAAUAGCGGGAUAGGGCUGUUUAGAGGAAUAGAAACCGUGAGAAGUUGAUUGUUGAAAAAGUAGAAAACUCGAGUGUGUACGUCAGCCCUCACAUCGAGGGGAACAGAACAGAACGAGGAGAGGAAAAAAAAGAUGAAAUGAGAAGCCUCACGUUUUGAAGCGUUCGAGCAGAAGGACACUCAUUGUUUUGUUGUCUUUACUGAUGAGACCAAUCAGUGCUGUUUUCUGUCUCUGCCUCACCUCCGCUGGCUGUCCCACCCACAAUGCUCUCAUUUCAGGGUUGUGGUCCUUCAGAAAUGUACAGUAGUAUGCACCCUGAGGUGGGGAGUGUCCUCUUCACCUCAACCCUAGCUGGGGGAGGAGUCUUUGUUAGGAGGAUGGAUGGAUGGAUGAGGGAGGGAGGGGUAAUGAUUUUUUUUUUUUUUUUGUUGUACAGGGGUUUCAUCGCUGUAUUAAAAUAUGUACGGUCUUAUUUACAUUCUCUUGGUUUGGUUACAGAAACUAAUAAAAAUAAUAUACGGUUGA